GGUCUGCUGUGUGACCUUGCAGUGUUUGUAAACAGACACACGUUGCCAUUACAAAGUAUUAAGAAUACGAUAGAAUCACGAUUUAACAAAGCGUGUCACGAAGGAUUUGUUUGAAGAACGUCGAAAAGAAGUAAAUUCACGGGGGUCAUGGAGGUGGAGCCAAUGUGUAUCGUGGAAAAUGAAACGGAGGGAUCUCGCGGUGAUCGGAAAGAGGGGGGUAAGAGGGGACGUAAGCCUGGAAGGAAGGCGUCCGACAAGACGGACAUGAAAGCAAAGCUCGAACGAAGUCGACAGAGUGCGAGGGAGUGUCGUGCUCGAAAGAAGCUAAGGUAUCAAUAUCUUGAGGAACUGGUGGCCGAUCGCGAGAAGGCUGUGCUGGCACUUCGAAGAGAGCUGGAAAUGUAUCGGCAGUGGGGACAGGAAUUGGACGCCGGACGAGUUCCCGAAGGGCUACAAGCGAUGCUGGAAGAGCUUGGCUCUCUGAAACGGGAGAAAGUGGUCAACUAACCGUGCAAGAAAGACAGAAAGAGAAACACGAAGAGUCAGGAACAUCGGGCUCUCUGCCAUUUUCUCUUUUUUUUUCUUUCUUCUUCUUUUUCUUCCCCCCGCCCCUUCUCAUUUCUUUUCUCUUUCCCGCUUCUGUUCCUUUCAUCGCGGCAGUCCAACUUACUCUUCCUGUAUUUCUGGGUAUUCUUCUCGGAUCGAAGAGAAUCCGCGCCAAAGAAGGCACCGAUUCUUUUCAACGCGGGUAGAAACCCGAACCCGGGAGAGAAAUUCUAUCUCUAUCCCGUCAUUAGACUUACGAUCCUGUCCUACUUAUUGUUAGUCGCCCUGUUCUCCCGUUUCUCUUCGAAAGAGAAACUCUGCUUGUUUCUCUGAUGCGUUCAUUGCGUUCACCGCGUGUGACGGUCUACUCUUGUUGUUGACGCUUCUCUCACGGAAAAAGGAUCUUUCGCGUGCACGUGUUUGGUUAUUUCAGAUCAAUUGUUUUGUUGACAAUAUAUAUCUUAUCGUCCCACGGUUUUAUCCAGUCGUUGUUCAUUGACUGAACGAUAGUAAGAAAAGCAGAGCCGACCGUGGAAUCGAGCCAGCCGGGUGCCGCGUCGUAUCUAAAAGUACCUAAAUGAAGUACCUUUUCUAACGAUUGUUAAGAAGACAGAAUAAAAAGAAAAUUGUAAUUAUAUAUAUCGUUGUUACGCGUCGACGAUGAACGGCUGUUCUGUAUCAUAGCGCGAAAGGAAAGCAAGCGACGUGACAUUCGCUUACUCGAAAACUCUGUUGUAUGUUAUAUGUUUGUAGUACUCGUGUAGGUGUACUCGUUGAGCGAUUUAGAUCUCGUUUUUUCAAAUUAUCAUCGCCAGGAGCUUGUUUUUUAUUCGUUCUGAUGACACAGCCGUUUGCUCGCGGCCGACGAAUUAAGAAUUAUCUGUAUGGAAAUGGUAUUUUUAUACUGUACUGUAUAAAAAGCUAUUAUUUUGUACAGAUUAUUGAUAUUGUGGGAAAUUUGUUUAUAUAUACACACACACGUAUAUAUAUAUAUAUAUGUACAUAUAUAUGUAUAUGUAUAAUGUGUAUAUAUAUAUGUG